UGCUAUUUGAAAAAGUUCUCUAAUAUUUUAGAGUCAGACGCUGAUCUCAAGAUCUCAAGCUGGUCACAUCUAAGUCAGUGUACAUUUAGAGAUGCCCGAGAUGUUUGCUACUUGUGCUCUUGUAGCCCUAUUGGUUUCAUUUCCUUGUAUUAGAGGAUCUGUGUUGGACUCUGGUAAGGCAUACCUCGACAAUACCCUGCCAAAUGAUCCUGCAUGUACGGAUGUCUUGUUUGUAUCUCGUUUCAAACCCAACCAAGACGUCACAGUCAUUACAUCUCUCAGCCACUCAGAUCUGUUACGCAGUGUGCACGACCCUGCGGCAUUAUGGGUCAAACGGGUAACAUCACGUGGUUUCAGGGUGUGUAUUCGGGAAUCUGGUAUUGGAUCCAAUGGGACUGGCGUUGUCAACUGGAUAGCAGUACAAGGAACAUUCGAUGGGCAUCAGCACGGUUCAAUUACCUUUGAUCAGUUGGGAUCUGGAACUCAAUGUAAGGCGGUGCCAACGCUAAAGUUGUAUCUAAAACGUCCCCAAGUGUUCGCUACUGUCGUGGCGCCAGAUUCAAGUGCAAGACAAGAUGCCAUGAAUGUCUGGGUCACCAAAUAUAAGAUAGGAGGAGCAUUCUCUGUGUGUUUGAGAGAAAUGGUCAAUUUUGAUGGAGUGCAUAGUCAACUAAAAGUUAACUGGAUUGCUUAUAACCAAGAAUUACCACUCUCAAUAAAUGUAACAGAAUCGAAAAAAGAAACCAUUGACACCAGCAGUAACUCAGUCCAACAGAUUGACUAUGCGUUUUGUAAGAACGUAAACUUCAAAACCGAAUUUUUCUCUCCUCCUGUUGUUGUGGCAACGGCUAGUUACUAUAGCAACGAUUCAAGACCCGUCGCACAGGAGUGUAAAGCCAUGAGUGUAUGGAUUGAGGAAAUAACAAAAACUUACUUCAGAGUUUGCGCAAGAGAGCUGAAAGAUGGACGAUCAAAGACCAGUAUCAUGAACCUAGAUUAUAUCGUACAAGGAGACCUUGAUCCUUGCAUCAGUGUAUCGUGUAACUAUUUUGGCGUGUGCAAGGCUUUUGCCCCGAAAGAUGCUCGUUGUGUGUGCGUGGACGACUGUCCCUCGUAUGAAGAGCAAGUCUGCUCAUCCAAUGGGAGUUUCCCACUUGAAAGAGGCAGGACAUCAUUAUCUUCAACGCCAGUCGAUGGUACAAUGUGCAAAGAAGUCAGAUUCAGGUCUUUUGCAUUCUAUCCUGACAAACGAGUCCACGUGCAUCUGACGGUCAACCACUUUAACACUACAAACCUUGACUACGUACACGACGCAAUGGCAUCUUGGGUAGAAAAUGUUAAUUACCAGGAAUUCACGGCUUGCAUGACAAUGGCUGGUCGAAGUGUGCGCCCUCGCGUUGCGCAGGCAACGUUUGAUUGGUUUGCUUAUCAGGGUGCACCAGAUGGAGGCGUGACGGAUCGAACGAGAUUGGACGAGUGGUGGACUGGAACGACGUGCAGAACGAUCAAAUUACCCAGGGGUAAAUUCAAAUCUGUGCCCACGGUCAUUGUGACAGCGGAACACAUCAGUGCUGCCUUCAAACACGACGCUACGAACCUUUGGCUUGAAAACGUCAAUCAAACGUCGUUUCAAGUUUGUUUACGAGAGCUGCAGAAUUUUGAUGGACUGCAUGAGAAUAUCCACGUGAAUUGGAUUGCGUUUGAAGAAAUCCAUCGUCCAAUGUUCAGUGAAAAAGGAAAUGUACUCUUCCCGAACUUCGGCAAGCCAUCAAUGAAAUACAAUGGCGCCUUUUGUAAGGAUUUGAAAUAUUCAAAAGUACAUUAUCACGUGCCUACCGUAAUUCUUUCAACCAAUCACACGACGGCAAGUGAGAAUUCAAGACUCGUAUAUAAUGGUGUGUCAACAUGGAUUGAGUACAUGAAUACGACUGGUUUUCGUGUUUGUGUCAAGGAGCUCUACACAACUAAAUACGAGCCUCUUACAGUCAGUUACUUGCUGUUAUCAGAAAUAUGCCCCCCGGGCUGGAACUACUUUGAUGGUAUUUGCUACUACACUAGUUCAUCAUGUGACACGUGGAUUAACGCUGAAAACCGCUGCACAACAUCGCGGGCACACCUAGCAACCAUCAAAAGUCAAAUACAAAAUGUCUACAUUCAGCAGCGAUUAAACGGAGCCAAGGGAUGGAUUGGUCUGAAUGAUAAAAGUGUUGAAGGUGUUUUCCGAUGGACGCAAAAAGGACAAAAUAACUGGACGUACUGGGCAGACAACCAACCUAACAAUGCAGGAGAUCAAGACUGUGUUUAUACUCUAGGUGUGGACCAUCAGUACCACUGGGAUGACGUGUCGUGUAACGAAUGUCACAACUUCACUUGUCAGAAAGAUUUGGACGAGUGCAGGAAGGAAGCAUUCAGUUGCCAUGACGACGCAGUAUGUAUAAAUACCUAUGGCUCGUACUAUUGUCAGUGUAAAACUGGAUAUUCAGGGACUGGAAAACAAUGUACAGAUAUUGAUGAAUGCACAACGGAUUCUCCAUGUCACGUGAACGCCACGUGUAUUAACAUCCCAGGAUCUUAUGCCUGUCGUUGUAAGAAUGGCUUCAGUGGCGRUGGAUUCAGCUGUAUUGAUAUUAACGAGUGCGCAACCAAUACGCAUCAUUGUGACCGAAACGCAUAUUGUAACAAUACAGUAGGAUCGUAUCGUUGUACAUGUAACAGAGGUUAUUAUGGAAACGGCACCAAGUGUACAACAAGUAGAGGACUGGAUAUGUCAGCCAUUUUAAGCAACUAUGGCAAUGCAGAUUAUAUUCGUUCUUUGUCUGGUUACUUGGACCCAGUUCUACAGAGCUCAAGUAGAAGCCGUUGGAUCAGAUGUUGGCACGCUGCAACAGAUGGAUGGAAUACUGCAACCACAUUCCACGUCCAGUGUGACGGAAAGGGACCCACAGUGACUAUAGUACGUGUAGGAAGCUACGUGUUUGGAGGAUACACCGAUGUAUCAUGGCAAACUGGCGGCAACUAUUAUAGGUCCUCCAGAUCCUUCCUGUACUCUUUGUAUAACACCAAUGGAUAUAGUCCAAUCAAGCUGACCUUUAACAGACAUCUAUACUACCAGUAUGCAAUAUAUGGGAUUAAUUCGUAUGGCCCAACAUUUGGUGGGGGACAUGACCUGCAUAUCUCGAACUAUGCUUCAAGUAACACGAACUCAUAUACAAACUUGGGUCACACAUACCGUACUCCACAAAUAUGCAGCUAUGGCAGUGGAACAUGCCGAUCUUUUAUGGCCGGUACCUACAAUUUUUGUCCCAAUGACGUAGAAGUCUUUUAUGAAAGUACCAGCUAAAGUGGGUCAACCACUGACGAGUGUAAAUUCUACAUUUAGUGUGAAUAGUGUGAAUUAUGAAGGUUUAUAUUUCCAUUGUGUUACUGACUGUGACAUCACCCCAGGCUUUGUAACACUAAACACAGGUCACCAAAUUCGCAAUAAACAUUGUAGAAACCUUGAGUAUCAUAAUAAUGAUUCUUUUCAAGUACUGUUUUUGUGAACUAUUAACUUUCUUUGUAUUUUAUCAGAACUGUAUUUAAAAAAACUUCUUAGCACUAGAAAGUUAAUCAGAGUUAGGAGGAGUUUCUUCUUCUUAAAUUUAUAGAAAUAAUACUUAAUACAGGCACUAGUGUAGUGAUGAAAGUGAAAUAAAAAAUAUAAGUGUA